CUGCUCCAGCCCGCUAGGACCCUCCCCCCACACACUUUCUCACAUGGCCUGGACUGGGACACUGCCAGGCCUGACUCUGCUGCUACCUCUGCUCUUACCGCCCUGGACACCCACCAGAGCCAGGGCUGGGAAGGUGGUCGUGCUGGCACCCACUGAGGUGCAUGGCUCCCUGGGCAGCACCGUGACCCUGCCAUGUCACCUGCAACGUCUGGAGUCCGAAACCUCGCGGGUGACUCAGAUCAGGUGGAAGCGGCUGGACCCGCUGGGGGACCCCAGCAUUGUGGCCGAAUUCCACUGGGAGAGGGGCCCCAGAAUCCCAGAACCCGACCGUGUGAAAUUCAACUCUACCCAGUUGGGUGCGGACCUGCUGGAUGCCUCGCUGACCAUUCGUGAGCUAAGCCCUGGGGAUGAAGACAACUACACCUGCGAGAUCCACAUCAGCACGUCCGAGAUGGGGAGCGCCCGCACCUGGCUCCGCGUGUUCUAUGCCCCCCAGGUCUCCAUCGCCCUCUAUGAUGACAUCGGGCCGCAGGGCCACAGGGAGAUCAGCCUGACCUGUGACGCCCGCAGCAACCCAGAACCCAAGAGCUAUAACUGGAGUACGUGAGUCCUGGGCUGAUCCUGGUCUGAGGGGGGAGACUGGGGAUGGACAAUCAGGUCUAAAGAGCGGGUCUAGGGAUGAUCUCACAACUAUUGAGGGGCAGGGCCUGGGUGCCCAAACUCCAAGGUGAAGAAGAGGAGGGGCUGACCUGGACUACUGUACCUGAGGAAAGAGGUGAUGGAAGCCAGGGUCUAGUGAGGAGGCUGGGAUGGACUCCUGAAUCUGAGGGAGGAGGCUGAGCAUGGAAUCCUGGGUCUGCGGGAGGAAGUGGAUAUGCACUUCUGGGUCUGAGGGAGAAGGGACUGGGGAUGACUACCGGUUC